GGCGCUAUAAAUGAUGCGUUCGAUUGUGUUUUUGGUAUCAGUAUUCGUACAGCUCUUCUAUCAAAACAACAUCCAACCAAACCAACUAAAAUGAAGUUCUUCAUUGCAAUCAUGGCUGUGGCGUUCGUCGCUGCCUCGGAGGCGUCCUACCUGCCAUACGAUGAUGUCCUGUCCUACCAGCACGGCUACGGCUAUGGACUUCCGGUGUCGAAGGUGGUCUAUGGCUCGUCGUACGGUCUCCCAGCAGCGGUGGACAAGUACUCCUACCCAUCAUCGUUGUACGGUUCCUAUGCGGCCGUGAAGAAAGUGGUCGAAUACCCGUCGGUUGCUCCAGUGCUGGCCACCAAGGUCGUUGAUAACAGCUACGAUCUGGGAUACAACAAGCUGGUCGCUCCAGUGCUGAGCAGCGGAUACGGUCUGGGAUACAACAAGCUGGUCGCUCCAGUUCUGAGCAGCGGAUACGGUCUGGGAUACAACAAGCUGGUCGCUCCCGUCGUCGCCACCAAAGUCGUCGAUAAUGGACUGUGGAACUAUGGAGGAUACGGUCUGGGAUACAACAAGUAUCUGUCGACUGCUCCCGUUGCCAAAUACGUGUUGUAAAUGUAGAUAAUAUUGUUUUAAUAAACCGGCUCCGAUUCAUGACGUGUGAAUGUUAACCCAA